GCUGAACUCAUACAUAUAUCUCCUCAAACAACAGCGGUCAUGUCUGAACUUGACACCCCGGACUCUUCUCCCCCUCCCGCCUUUUCGCGGAUGGCAUCCUACACCGGCAUCGAGUUCGUGCCAAAGCGCGCCAUGCAAUCAUUUGAGAAUCUUGUCGCGCUCGCAAACUACGAGGAGAGACUUAGGGAGGCCCGAAAGAUCGUGUGGCGAGACAAAGGCGAGAAGCCGGUGGAACUGGCGGACCUUUGGGAGUGUUUGGAGCACGCAGGGCGUGGGGGCAUACGAGCCGGAACACUUGCCUUCGCCAUUCGCUCGGGCGUGAACUUCAUCUUGCUGCUCGCAAGGAUCAAGAAGGUCCCGAAAUCAUACCGCUUCGCACUCAUACGUCAAGCUUUCUUUGGUCCGGAAUCAUGGCGGUUUGCCGCUAUGUUGGGCGCGUUCGUCUCGAUCUACAAGUUUGUCCUCAACUCCCUGCCCAUCCUUCUUCCCGAUCCGAAGCCGCCACGCGCGAUUCCACGCCACCAUCGCCCGCGGCCCAGCUUCCGCUCGGAGCACUCUGCGUCUCUAGAUGCGUCCGUGAACCCGUUCGACGACGAGGAUGAGGGCGUCAUAGAGGUCGAGGCUCAAGAGCGGGCGCGGAGCCGGUCCCGCCGCGCGCGUUUGUCCAUGAGCGCACAGGCGCACCAGGUCUGGGUGCGGAAGAAGACACGACGGUGGUACUCUGUCAUCGCCGGUGCGGUUGCAGGUGGUCUUGCCAUACUGUGUGAGAAGAAGGACCGCAGGACGGGUAUAGCCCAACAGAUGUUUGUUAGAGGGUUACAGGGAUCAUACAACGCAUUCUCCGAGCAGCACGGGAUUCGGAUACCACAUGGUGACCUCAUUGUCUUUGUGCUAUGCUGCGGCCAGAUAGUAUAUGCACUGACGAUGCGGCCGGAAACGCUUCCACCAUCCUACAACAACUGGCUGCUCCGUGCUGCUAAGGCACCAGCCGAGGGUAUCCGGAUGAAUCGAGACCUUGUGCGAGACCACAUGUUCAGUAUCGCCGAUAUUGACAGUAUCCUCAGUCGGACGGACGUUACCCCACAGAAUCGCACACUGCUCUCCGCGCGGCGCGCGAAUGCAUUGGCAUCGCCGCCGUCAUACGGGCCUUUCUUCGGACCCUGCGCGGCUGUGCACCCGUGGUUCGACUCGUGCAAGCCGAUCCCUGCGGAGCGAUUCAUGUUCGUGUUCAAGUGGAGCCUGCCGAUCUACGGCGCACUACACUUCAUCCCAACGCUGCUCUUCAAGCGCAAGGUUGUCUGGCGCGAGCCGAUGCGCAUGCUCACGCGGGCUGGCGUCGGCACAAUCCGAAGCUCGACGUUCUUUGGGCUGUGUGUGGUGACAAUGCAAUCGUUUUUCUGUGCGAAGAACAACUUGUACACUGCCCUCAUGAACGCCAAGAGCGCCAACAAGAACACAUUGCUUGCGCGGCUACUUGCGCGGCUACCACAGUCGGCGCUUGACCUUCUCUUGGGCAAGCUCUCGCACUGGUUCGGCGGCAUGCUCGUCGGCCUCGCGUUGAUCAUCGAGGACACACACCGCCGCGGCGAGCUCGCGAUGUAUGUCCUGCCCAAGGCGCUCGAGAGCGCGUGGAUCAUCCUCCGCGGCAAGGGCGCAGUGCCGAAGACGGGGCGUUACGGCGACGCGCUGCUCACCGCCGUCGGCAUGGGCAUGGUUAUGAGCACUUACCAAAACGAUCCGGAACACUUGUCGUCCCUUGUUCGACGCAUCUUAUACCAGUUUGUCGGGCCCAAUUAGGGCCUGGUCUGUCUUCGGCUUUCAAAUUCUACACUUUCUUCUUUUCUCUUACCAGGGCUGUACGAUCGUUCGCGCACUAUAUACGAUACGCCCCC